AUGACGGAACGCGGGUCCUCUGUCCCUGGUCUAGAGGAGCCGGUGCAGGCGACUCAGAAUGGCCAUGGCUUGGACCCCAAGUCACCGACGCAUCGGUCCGAAGAUACAUUACAGGUCCUAUCUUUGUUGAACGACAAGCUGGAGCCUCGACAGGCACAAACAUCUACCAAACAAGCUCCCAUACCCGCCACCCCUGAUUUCUCUGAAGCCCAGGCGUCGCUUCGUCAAGCGUUUCCUCACGUCUAUGCAUCCGGGCGGGCACCCUCCACGCGCUCUUCUACGAGUUCUUUACAGGCCCUCAACGAGGAUAUUGUGGUCGAUGCUCGAUCGGAACAAGGCGGGGUUGGGCGCAGCCCUCGCAGGACGUCUCGACACUCCGAAAACAUCCCCGACUACCCCGUGUACCCCGACCAGUCCUAUGCCUCCCUACAGUCCCAGAUCCAUCCUACCUACCAGCUACCGCAUCUUGGAUCGCGCUCCUCCUACCCGUCGCAGACAGAACCUCUCCCCCGCUUCCCUCGUGCGUCCCGGACAGCUGGGAAUACCCCAUUGUCGAGUCCGGGUCUCUUCUCCAUGCGGAGUCAUCGACACACACCCUCUCUGGGAUCGGAUGACGGAAAUGCUAUCGGGAGCCCGUAUCUCCACCCGUCGCAUCUACAACCGCCGAAGGAAACCCACACCGCUGAAGUAGAUCGAGAUUUAGUGACCGGGAACAAACUCAUCAAUCAGUAUGAGAUUCUUGAGGAACUCGGCCGCGGAGAACAUGGAAAAGUGAAGCUGGGUCGGCACAUCACUACUAAGCAACAGGUUGCCAUCAAGAUUGUCCAACGGUAUUCGAAGCGACGUCGGCUCGGCAAGCUGGGCAACCCAGAGGACAAGGUCAAGAAGGAGGUUGCGAUUUUAAAGAAGGCUCGACAUCCCAACGUCGUCAGUUUACUCGAAGUGAUCGAUGACCCUAAUCGGCAAAAAGUCUACAUUGUGUUGGAGUAUGUUGAGAACGGAGAGAUUGUUUGGCGGAAAAAGGGCCUUCGAGAGAUUGUUCACGUUGACAAGCUACGUCUCGAGCGCGAGCUUGCCGGGAUCCCUGAUACCCCGGCAUUCUUGGAAGAGAGCCAGCAAUUCAUUCGGACGGCGCAACACUUGCGUCGCCAACGACAAAGGGCCAGGGAACGGGUUGAAGCGCAGGCCGCGGAUGCACAACAAGGGCCCAUUCCUGCCUGGAGUUUGGAGCAUGGUGCCGACUCGUCGGACGAAGAAGAAGAUGAAGGGCUAGGAUUAGCAAUCCGGCGCUCAUCCACUCGAUCGCUUGCUGUCACAGAUUCAUCUCCCAGCCAAUCCUCGGCUCAGGACUCCACCCUUGCUGCAGUCGAAGGCACUAUGUACGGCGCUUACUCAGACUAUCCCUUUGAACGACGCUUCAGUACAGCAUCGAGUAGCUUCGGCUAUGCACCAUCGGAGCCAGAGUGGUCUGCUGAUGCGGAUGACCUGUCUUAUGUCCCUUGCUUAACCAUAAAUGAGGCUCGCAACGCCUUCCGUGACUCCGUUCUUGGACUCGAGUAUCUUCAUUUCCAGGGUAUCAUUCACCGUGAUAUUAAGCCAGCAAAUCUUUUAGUCACCAGUAGCUACCGCGUCAAGAUUUCCGAUUUCGGCGUUUCCUACCUGGGUCGGCCAUUACACGACGAGGAAGAGGAGCAAGUGGGCGAGGGCGAGACCGACGCAACCGAAUUGGAUGACGCCCGUGAGCUGUCCAAAACCGUUGGCACACCUGCGUUCUACGCCCCAGAGCUGUGUUACACUGGUGACGACUUCCUGGAAACCAUCGGGUCGGUGCCCAAGAUUACUGGCGCCAUCGACGUCUGGUCCCUGGGCGUAACCUUGUACGGAAUGAUCUUCGGUCGUCUUCCAUUUGUGUCAGAUGAUGAGUACAGCAUGUUCCAGACCAUCGUGAAGAAGGAAGUGUUCAUUCCACGCAAGCGUCUCGUUCCUGUCAUGGACGAAACAUUGGACGCCGACCAGCAAUUCUGUCGCAAUGAUGAUGAACUUGUCUAUGAGGACAUUGACGAUGAGCUGUACGACCUGCUUCGCCGCCUAUUGACGAAGGACCCUGUCAGGCGCAUUACCUUGAAGGAAAUCAAACAUCAUCCAUGGACUCUGAAAGGUCUUCCCAACCCCCGCGCUUGGGUGGAGGAGAGUGACCCAGGCUAUCAAAGCAAGGGCAAGCGGAUCGAGGUGUCCAAUGAAGAGGUCACCAGCGCUGUCAGCAAGGUACCAUUUAUACAGCGUGUUCGGUCAAAUGUUGCAAAAUGGUUUGGUGGCCGGUCGUCCAAGGAGAAGGAGCCUCGCAAGCGAUCAAGCAAUUCCUCGGACACGCUGUCUUCAGUCUCGAGCAUGAGUACAUUCAACAAAACGCCGUCUGGCAGUCGUCGGUCGAGUUUGAAAGGAGAUGAGGAGCUUCGGCCAUCCAAGUACCCCCAAGGAGAACAUCCACUAGCCCAGAGUGUCACAGCCAGCCCUGUAGAGGAAGAAUCGUCUUGGGGCAAUUACUUUGACAAUGUAUUCGUACCCGAAACCAACAACGUUCCUACUCUUUCGACCAUUCCGGGUGCGACGCCCCGGCCUGGCCCACCUCGGCGCGCCAAAUCCUCAAUUUCUACUGCUGAAUCUACAAAGACUGUUAAGCAAUCCAACUGCGACGCGACGCCGACGAACAGACCGCGGUCUGGAAAUCCUUCGAUCAUGGAAGCCUUGGGAACCACCAGUCUUGGCAGCCUUUUCUCGGGUGCACACCGACGAGGCUCCCGCGGCUCCUACGGUAGCCGGAGUCGUCGUACUUCCCCAUCUGGAGAUCCAAUCUCUUUAGAUGGAGAUCAUCGGUCUGAACCCAGCCUUGCUGUGAGCAAUGCUUCUGCAGUGGGUCACUUGCGAACGACAGGCUUGUGGCACGCUGCAAGCCCUGCACCUUCCCGUGUCCCGGCCAUGGCAAGUGCACACCGGCGCAAUCGCUCCCAACAGCUCCCAGGCAACACAUCUGCCGAGUCGUUUCACCUCACCAAAGAGGCGCUUUUACGACGCAGGAGGAGCGAUAUUGAGCCCAGCGGGGAUAACUCACUGGCUCCUCGCAUCGAAAGUGCCAUGGUUUCGACUGACUCCCUCCACUUGCCAUCCUUGGCUCCUCCCCCGGAGCCUCGGUGUCCCAUUGAUCCUCAUCACAACGGUCUUCCCGCCUCCACCCCUUCUGCCGCCACCAUCUCCUCUUCCUCUGCCGAUGACUUCACGAGUGGCAUGUCUCAGAGUGCUUCUCAUCCUAGCAUCCCGUCUGUUGUUUCCGGUGCUUCGUCUCUAUCUGGCGAUGGCUUUUACCUUCACUCUAAAGAUAAAGACUCCGACGACUCAACGUCGGUACCUUCGAUUCUUCGGACGGGUGAGACCAUCAAAGCCCGCUCUCAGGGCUCCCUUCGCCCAUCUGAGGAAGACGAGUCCAGAUACUACUGUGACGAUGAAGACGAGGAUGAAGAAUCUGAGGAAGAAAUCCUCGUGAUUGGAAAGAAGAAACCAUCCAAUAAAGCCCCGAUCCCCACCGGCAAAAAAGCCAGCGCUUAA